GGAUUUAAUCGUCACGGGAACCUGUUGUCGUCUGAACAAGACUAGUAAAUUUUUAUUUUUAGAAACACAAUCAAAAUGGCAGUUCCAUUUUCAAACACAAAGUUGAGAGUGCCAAAAGGAUUCCAAAAUAUAUUGGAGGGUCUUGCAAGAGAAGUGCUACGAAAUCAACCAGAGAAUCCAUUUGAAUUUGGAGCAAAAUAUUUUGAACAGUUGCUUAGAGUGAGAGAUGAGACUGGACAUGACCCAGCUGUUCAUGGUGCUAGACUUGAAGACAGGUUCUAUAACAAUGACUCCUUUAAGUCCCCAUCAGUUGAUGCCAAUUCACCACAGCAACAGGAAGCUGCCCUCAAAAUUCAAACAAAUUACCGUAAACAUGACGCAGAACAGAAAGUGGCUGCCAUGAAAGAGGAAGAAGCUGCGGAGAAAAUUCAGGCAGGUUUCCGUGGUUUCCAGGAACGCCAACAGUUUUCAGAAUCAAAAGGAGACAAGAAAGAGGAGGAGGAAGAAGUUGAUAUCGAUCUAAAUGACCCUGAUGUGGAAAAAGCUGCAGUGAAAAUACAGGCCGGAUUUAAAGGAUUUAAGGCCAGACAGGAAAUUAAAGAUCUCAAGGAUAAAAAUGAAAGCUCCUCCCCCACUGACGCUGCCCCUCCCACUGAAAGUGCUCCUCCAACUGAUGGUGCCCCGCCCACUGAAGAGGAAGAAAUAGAUAUUGACCUUAAUGAUCCAGAGGUCAAUGCAGCAGCCCUAAAAAUACAAGCAGGUUUUAAAGGCCAUAAAACCAGACAACAGUUAAAGGACAAACAAACAGAUUCUAGCACCAAUGAAACAGAGAAGACAACAACUGAGCCUCAAGGUGAGGUGGAGGAGAAAAAAACAACAGAAGCAGAGGAGGAGGUUGAUAUAGAUUUAAAUGAUCCUGAAGUAGCGCAAGCUGCUCUUAAAAUUCAGACAGGAUUUCGCGGCCAUUUGGCGCGGAAAGAGGUCAAUGCUUUGAAGGAAAGUAAGACCGAACAGAAGACAGAAGAGAAAGUGGAUGAUAAGAAAGAAGAAGAAGAGGUAGAUAUAGAUUUAAAAGAUCCUGAGGUUGAAAAAGCUGCAUUGAAAAUACAGGCCGGUUUUAAAGGCAUGCAGGCAAGGCAAGAAAUUAAAGCAAUAAAGGAUGCACAGGAAUCAGAAAAGAAAGAGGAAACAGAAGAAGAAACAGUUGACAUUGACUUGAAUGAUCCUGAAACAGAAAAGGCAGCAUUAAAGAUUCAAGCAGGAUUUAAGGGAUUUCAAACACGAAAAGAAAUACAAGCUAAAAAAGAUGCUAAAAGUCAGGAAACUACAGAAACUACAGAGGAAAAAACAGAAGAAAAGAAAGAAGAGGAAGAAAAAGUUGACAUUGAUUUAAAUGAUCCAGAAGUGGAAAAAGCUGCUACAAAAAUUCAGGCAGGUUUCAAAGGAUUUAAAACCCGGCAAGAAAUUAAAUCGAAAAAAGAAUCAGGCACUGAUGUAAAGGAAGGUGAAGAGACUGAAAAAGCCGAGGAAAAAACGGAAGAAGCUAAGCCAGCUGAUACUACUGAAGGUUAACGAAAAACUGAAAAGGGUAGUAUAUAAUAGUGUUUAAAUGUGUACAAAAAUUUGGUAACCUCACUGUUUCUUUUAAAGGGAAUGUCAGUAUUAAUUAAAUUAAAGUAUGUUAUUUCAUUAUAAGAUUGGGUUAGGUGUUAAUGGUUUGAUCAGGCCACCAGUAGCCAGACCAGCCUGAAUAUCCGGGCAGCCGGACCAGGCUCGAUACUCUUCGUAUUAUCUUGAUAUUGAAAUCCCUAAAAGUGACAAUGGACAGUAGGUCAAGUUCAUUUCAUAAAUAUAGUAGGUAAAGGACUUAUUUUUACACCACAGCUCAACUCCUUAGAAUAAAACUGACAUUCCCUUUAAAACAUUUGAAAGUGUGCUAGUCUAAAAAUAGAAUUAAAUGAACCAGAAAUUACUUCCGGUAUUUGGUGCCAAAAUUCAUAUAUUUCAAACAAAACCUAUUAGGUUAACUACAUGUAUAGUAUUAAAAUUGAUGGACAAUAUCUCGAUCAGAAAAGAUUUUCUAACCAAAAAAAAACAUUUUUAAUUUAUUUUUGGAACUUUAUUAAAGAACGAAAGGUUUAAAAUUUUAUAGUAUAAUUUAUUAUAUGGAAGAUUCUGGUUUAUUUAUUUUGAAUUGUUUAUACAAAUAAACAAAUCGGUUGACCAUCACUAUUUUAGAAAUUCUGGGAAAUUAUUAAUUUAUUAUUAAUAUAUUUUAUUUAUAUGAUAGUUAUUAUCAUUUUUGUUAUCAUAUUUUAUUUAUUUGUUUUAAAAUAUUUUUGGCAAAUUCAUUUAAAAAAAGACUAUAAUAACUAUUUUCUUUUGUACGGAAGGCUGAACUUUUGAAAAGAAAAAUAUUAAAAAAUAAAAAAUCAAAAUAAUUUUGUUAUCUUAGAACAAAGAACAAAUUAUAAAAUUUAAACAUUCUGGUGUUUUUUUUUGUUGUUGUUUGCUUAAUCUGAUUCAGUUGCAUUAUUUGUUGUUAUUUUUUGUUGUUGAUUCUUUUUUCUUAUUCCAAAUAGAUAUCUUUUUCUGUAUGUUUAGAACCUUUUAAACCUCCUAUUUCCAACUUACCUGUACGUCUCUUUAAGCAAUAUUACAAAAUUUACAAUUUAACUAGUUUAUUUUUUCAUUUUUAAAAAGUAGACGGUUGCACUAUUUAUGUACCAAUGUAGAGAGUGUUUUGGUUGUAUAGUCUUAUGAGUAGAAUUGAAAAAGGCGUUGUUUUUUUUCAUUACAUUAUAUUUAUAUUUUUACCGUUUGGGAAAGAAGGUUGUUUUUUUUAAAUUUGAAUAACAAUUAUCACUGGAGAUUGAAUUAUAAAGGACUAAUAUCACUUGAAAUAAUGUUCUAAUUUUCACCAUUUAUGAUAAAAUUUUGUGACUUGUACACAUAGGGUCUUACAGGAGUUAUUUCUCUUGUAGAUGUAUAUUAAACAAUUAUGGUAAAGCAAUGAGUAAAUCCCUUAAACUGCUUGAACCGAAAAUUAUCAGCCCUUGCCACCAGUAUAAAGCCAAGCCAGCCUGCAUAUCCAUGCAGUAUUACCAGACUCUAUACUGUUGGCUAACAAACUUAAACUUUUCAUCUGGUUGUCCCCAAAUUUCAUUAUGGACAGUUCCAAAAGAUGAAGCUGGACAAGUCCAUUUUAGAAAAAUUCAGCAGUUUAAGGGGUUAUUGUAAGUAUAUUAUAAAGAAAUGGGGCUUUCUUUGACAAUAUAUGUAUAAUACAUUUUCGUGCUACUCAAAAGCCUCAAAACAUCGAAAACUGGCAUCUUUUUGUGAUAAAUCAUCAUUUUCAAAAUGAUGUUACCCAUUUGAUUUAUAAAUACAGGGUUUAUAUCAUAUUUGUGUACCAAUAAUAUAAAGGAAGACAUUAUGUUUAUAUUACAUUGAAAACAUUAUAACCCUCAUGUGAUAUAAAAACAACAGUUUUACAUUAUAGGGAAAAUACUCACCAAGUUUUCUGUAGAAGGAAAUCUGUUUUAUGUUUUGUAGUUGUUUAAUGUGUCUGUGUGGAAUAGAGCUUUAUUGCGCAAACAAACAUGCAAUUUUGCAGAGUGUGCUAAAAAUAUGAUUUGUUUAAAAUGAUUUGAUUUGUAUUAUUAUGAUCAGUUUGUCUAUAACAUCAUUCAGAAAAGUGCUUUUUCGAUUAUUUUGUUUAAUUUUUUAUUUUGUGUGGAACUGGUAUUUAUAAUAGAGUUGAUCAAAUAAACAGUUGAGUCUCAACUCUAUGAUUAAAACAGAUACUAAUACCAAUUUUGAGAACAGAACUUUUGUAUAUAGUAAAAUGAAUCAAAGAAAAAAAUGUAUGAAUACAUCACCUUAUUGCAAUAACCAGUUAACUCCUAUAGAAUUAUAUUAGGAGUUAACCUGUUACUGCACUAAGGUGACAAUAUGUCUUAAAUAGUUUGUUUAUAUAACAUUAUAAUGUUGGCAGUUUAUAAAACUGUAGUUAUUAUAUGUACAUGUAACAAGUCCUGGUGGUUUAUCAGUCGUAAUUUUAGAGGAUCAGAAAAAAUGAAAUGGAAAGACAAUGUUAUGUUGGUUCAUCAGUGGCUUUAAUUAUUAUAUAGAUGUGACUGUAUAUGUAAUUAUGAUAUUAGACAACUUUUAAAACAUUAAACUAAAAACAUUCAUAAUUUGGUGAAUUUUUCUGCUGAAUUUAUGUAAAUGGACGUGAAAUUAUUUUAAUUUGGAACAUUCCACUUGAGUAUUUUGAAGGGAAUUCAGAAUUGAUAAACUAGAAUUUAUCAGCCAGCAACAGUUAUUAUGACAUGUUUUCAUAUUGGAGUGCACAAAAUGUGCCGGCCAGCUUUACAAGCUAUUUGGCAGCAUUUCAGCAAUUCAUUAUUGCAGCUAGUAUUGAAAAGGGAGUUGUAGAAGAAAUGAUAUUAAAACAUUUCCAUGAAGCAAUCUUCUCCUUAACAUUCCAAUAUCGCUCCAUCAAUACGUUUUUGUUUGCUCAUCUAGGACAAAUUCAUCUCAAAUAAAGAACUUUCUAUGCAUGUGAACAAUAACAUAUUGAUUAUAUAUCAAAACUUGAUUGUCUCGGAUCAAUAUUAUAAAAUAUGUCUUGUAUAUUUUGCUAUAUUGCUAUCUUCAGUCCCAGAUAUUGAACAAAAUAAAUGUAACUUUACUAGAAGUGAUUUAAGUAUAGUCUGAGGAUUUUCCCUUUUCUUGUAUAUAAGUAAUUGAAUAAAAGCCAGUAAAUUUGAUAUUUUGGUAAAAUUUAACUUCAGUACUGUAUAUUUCUGUUGAAUGUAAAACCUUCAAGAAAAUUGUUACAGUUUUUUUGAUGAAUCAAUUUUAAAAGAUUUUUGUGAAAAGUUCGUAUUUGAAACAUAAUUAUAUUAUCUGCUGGUAUUUUAAUCUAACCUCAUGUUUUACAUUGUAAAAUCUAAACUGUUAUCAUGUUUAGAGGAAAGAUUCCAAAUAUCUUCUACCAUAGAAAUAACAAAUAGCUGUGGUUUCAGAACUUUAAUCAAUAAUAAAUUUAAUUAUUUUCCUAUUUGUACAUUUUCAAUCUGUCAAAUAGGUCAAUCAAUUUGUUGCAAUGUUCUUCGUGUAAAAGGGCAUGUUAUUUUAAACACGGUGUACUCUAUAGGGGAUUUAUUACUUAUAUUUGAUAGAUUAGAAUUCCAAGUACCAGGGUUUUUUCCUUCUAUAGCAGGGGCUCUAAAAAAAGGCAUCUUCCUCCGAGGUAAAUUCUUUAGAAUCAUGCAGUUUUCAUUUACAUCAAGUUUUUUGUCCCCUUUUGCAAUGUGUUAUUUUCCCCAAAGUUAAGGGAAGGGAACCUUCCUGUGAAAAAAAGCUUGCCUACUAUACAUGUACUAUUGACUAGGAGAACUUGAAAACAUCAUUAUGCAACUUUUGUUUUAUUUAUGCAGACAAUAUUUUUAAAGGAGAAGACUGUUGUUCCGAAUUUUCCUUCAAUUAUCAAUUUGUUAAUGUUUUUGUAUACAGAAUACAGAUACAGUUCAAAUCUAACAUACUAGUAAUGAUAAAGUUUUACCAUUUUGCUAUUGACCAUGAAAUGAAUUUUAUUCUUCAGGAAGAAUAAGGCACUUCACAUUAUGUGAAGAUAAUAAAUAUCGGAUCUUUUUAUUUCUACUCAUGAUAAUAAUAAUUUGUUUUCAUCUUUGAUAAAUGUUCUUAUUUAUUUGAUAUAUGUAUGUAUAAUAUGUCUGAAAUUUUUACCUUUUUUAUAUGAAUAAUAUUUAUGUACAUUACUGUUUUGUAUAGUAAUCAACUUUGCACCAACAUUUUUUUUUCAAUUUUGACACAUUAUUUAUUAAUAUGAUAGAACAGUUUUUGCAUUUUUCUAUGCAACUGUAUUUGAAUAAACAAAUAACAAAA